AUGUCGGAACCAGAGUCCGAACCCGAGCCUCUACUGCAAGCUCAGUCUCCGCACAAUGAAUCUGCGGCCCCGCGGGAACUCUUGUCGACGGACGAUGGCAAAGUCGAAGUGCAGCCGAAGCCCCGCGUCGAUCUAGGAUACGCCCAGUAUGACGGCCGUUACCUUUCCAACGGCGUGAACCAGUUCAAAGGCAUGCGCUAUGCCGCACCUCCCUUGGGCGACUUGAGAUGGAGGGCCCCGAGGGCCCUCUCCGUGAGAGAACCCGGGACGCCGAUGCUGCUCCCCGUCUGGGUGUAUAUUCAGGGCGGAGGGUACACGGCCAACAGCAACCCAGAUUACAUCGGCGCCACGGUGGUCGAAGAGUCCGGCAUGAAUGUCAUCCUCGUCAACUUCAACUACCGCGUGGGGCUUUGGGGCUUCCUCGCCGGCGAGCAGGUCCGGGAAGACGGAGACCUCAACGUCGGCCUCCUCGACCAACGCCAACUACUCAAAUGGGUCAAGACUCACAUAGCCAAGUUUGGCGGAGAUCCCGACCGCGUCAUCAUCCACGGCGUUUCUGCCGGCGCCGGCUCCGCAGCCCUCCACCUCACCGCGUUCGGAGGCCGAGACGACGGCCUCUUCUCGGGCGUCAUGACACAAUCCGUCUUCUUUCCCGCUCACCAGAAGCUUCGCGAUCUCCAGUAUCAGUUCAAUAAAACCCUCGAGCUUGCCGGAUGCUCACCCGACCACGAGCCCAUGUCCUGUCUCCGAGCAAAGACGUCUCGGGAACUUCAGACGGUCGUCAACCGGGCCCUCGCCUUCCCGGGAGAGCCUCGGCCUCGCGCUGGUAUUGGACCCCUUGCGUCGACGGCGACCUGA